AUGCCAUUAACACCCCUGACUUGGGAAGCUGCAGCCUUUGCUGAGACUGGAGGUGAGUAUCAGAACUACCCAGACAAGGAGGCGACCCCACGAGCCACCUCAGAAGGGAGAGCGGCGGCCCGGUCCGCCUCCACGACCUUCCCGAGCUCCAGCGGGCAAUUCAAGGGAGCAGGGACGAGGACCCGAGAGAAGGCGCGGCGCCGCCUCGGGGCGCGGGCUCCGCAGCCGGGCCGCCCCCGGCGCCCCCGGCGGCCCUGCAGCCGCGGAUGCCCUCAGGCGGGCGCGCUGCCGAGGGGCCGGCGGUGGGCUGCCCCCGCAGGCCGGGCGCAGGCCAGCCGGGCCUGCAGGCUGACGGCGCUGCCCCCGCUGGCCUCGCCACCGGCCCAGCAGAAGAACGGCCAGGAGCUGAUCGCGGCCUCGCUGGCCCCGACUGUAACCGUCUCGCUGUGCCAUCCUCUCCGAGCGGGGACACACGGCGCUUUGAGGCUGGAGGCCGCCGUGUCCCCCUUUGCCAGGCGGAGUAAUAGCACUCCCCUCGUCGAUCUCGCCCCAAACCCUGUCUCUGGGAUUCGAUUCGGCACCGGAGUGUCCCCCUACCGGAAAACCUGCUCUGAGGCUCGAAUCGCAUCCAGACUCAGCGAAGCAAGACCUCACGGCAACACGCAUGCCUCACCUGCACUCCUGCUCACACGCCUGGUCUCCCUGCGGAACCUCAGAGACGGCAGCGCCGUUAUCAGCAUUGCCAGACUCGUUCUGGGCAGCCAGGCCUCGCAGACGCAGGCUUAUCCGUCUCCUGGAAGAAGUCUGUCGUUUCGUGCACUACGGGUAUUAGGACCAGGCUAG